CUUCCACUAUUUAAUUUUCAACUACCCGCGGGUUUGGCCAAUCGAUUAUUCCACGCUAUGCCGGCCUACUUAGACUUCUUCCUCCGUCCUUCUCAGACUAAAAUCUAAUCCAAUUAAUCCCCUUCUUCAUCAAUUUUAUUAAUCAAAUUUUCACGAACAAGCCCCCUUUUAUACGAAUGAGCUUAUGGAUCAAGAUCCUCGCGGGGUUACUCCCCGUCGCCGCGAUCGUCCUCCUCUCCGGCCUCCUCUUCUGCUGCCGCCGCCGCCGCCGCCGCGACCAACUCAAUCCCGCACCCGCGUCGCAGCUCGCCGAAGCCGCGGCCAGCAAAUCACCAAAGCUCCCGAAGCUCCACGUGCCGUCUAAAUCGAGAAGCAGCCGGGCAAGCCUCCGCUUCCACCACCUGCGCGAGCAUCGCAGUCUGCCCCGCCAGCAUCAAGAAAACUCUGCUAUCAAUCUGCAGCAGCAGCAGCAGCAGCCGCCUUUCCGCUGGGACGACCACCCGCGGCUCGUCGCCGACGCAGCGGAGAACGGCUGGUCGCGUUUCGUCUUCACGCCCGCCGCCUGCGACUGGGCAGACUGGCCGGGGAAGACCUGGGAGGUGCCGCCCGGGUCCUCGGAGUUCGUCCAGACAGUCCGCCUCAAUCCGGCGAUCAGGAAGAAGAAGAGCAGCGACGACUGCAGCGGAUGCGCCAGCUCCCUCCGGAUGAGCCUCCCCCUCCCCGGGCCGCAAUUGCCGGGCUCCCCCUUCCCGCAAGAAGCCUACUUCGAGAUCACCAUCCUCUACCUCGACUCGCAGUCGCGGUACUCGCCGUCCUCUCGCGCCGACAAACGUUCCACCGAUCAGAGCGACAAGGCGAAGCUGAUCCGACAAACAUCCGCCGACGAAUCCGACUCUAUUGCCAUGUAUCGCCACAAUUUUCGCGGCGGCGGCAGCGGCGGCGGAAUCGACAAGGAAUUUGAAGCGGAACAACGCAAGCAUAAUAAGCCUAUGGUUGUAUCGCUGGGACUCUCGAUUUGUUAUUCUCCGACCGUGAAUUUGCUGCCCGGGACGUACCCGCGAUCCAUCGGUUUCCACUCCGACGGCGCGGUGUAUCUCGACGGGAUGAAAUUGGUUACCGAGUCCGAGAAGUCGAGGUGGGCGAGCGUGAACAGGGUGAUCGGUUGCGGAUUCGAGCCGAGCAAGAAGAAGGUGUUCUUCACCGUCGACUCCCAGCUGAAGCACGCGAUCAGCUGCAACUCGGACGCGUUCGCAAGCCCGCUGUACCCAGUUUUGGCCACCAACGUCGACGUGAUGGUUUCGGUUAACUUGGGGCAGAGCAAGUUCAGGUAUUCGCCGGCCAAUGCACGCCGAACCGCGAACCCGUGCUUCGUCGGAUCGAAUUCCGGGGAAGACGGUUCGAUGGCGAUCGGGUACGAGGACAGCGGGGAGCUGUUCUCGAUGGGCAGAGUGGAUUCAGGGUGGCUCGACAACGCGAAAAACAGGAGCCAGAAGAGUGCUGCUAAUGGUGGUGGUGCCGCUGCAGUCGACUUCGAUGCAGAGUCCGAUCUUUUCGAAAUCUCACUGAAAGAUUGAAGGACAAAUUGGAGACUGUGGUUUCGCAACGCGAUUGAAUUGCGAAAGCGGGAAAAUUCGCGGUAAUUUGAUUUAGGACUGAAUGAAUGAUUCGGUAUAUUGUUUGUUUUGGAUUAAGGGUAGAAUUUGGGAUGGAACCACUAAUUUUAGAGACUGUCACGCUAAGAUGCAUAGUUUAGUAAUUAGGAAUAGGGGUGGGACUGACAUGGAUACAGCUGAUAUACUUUUUUUUUUUUUUUUGGUUCUUUUUUUCUUCUGAAAGAGCAGGUCAGGAUGGUUGAGAAAUUGGAAUUGAUAUAUGCUUCUUGUAAUUUUAUACUGUUUAGUAUUCCUUGCUGUAAAGAGCAUGUGAAAAUACAGCACUGGCCAAACAUUCUUUA